GAAGGGAAACGGAUGAGGAUCCCUUAAAAGCUCAGCGCCGUGGAGAAUGGAAUACCAUGUCAAUGGCGCCUUGGCCGAGAAGCACAGCCCGAUGGACUACGGGGUCCAGAUUAGAUUCAUCAACGACCUGAAGGAACCCAGCAAGCCCCAGAAGAUCCGCUCCAAGGCCUCCAAACCGGGUUCCUAUGGCGUGGCCGUGCGGGUUCAGGGGAUCGACGGGCAGCCCUUCGUGGUCCUGAACAGCGGCGAGAAAGGGGAGGACUCGUUCGGCGUGCAGAUCAAGGGCGAGACCAAGUACGGGGCCGCUGCCCGGAAGCAGCCGCACGAGGAGGCCUUCCCGGGCUCGCCCGGGGCUGCGUCGUCGUCCAGGGAUGCCUCGGGCUCCAUCAGCUCCGACUCGGAUCUCCCGGAUAACCCGUACGGGGCCCAGCUGUCGCGGUACAGCUCCCAGUACAACAUCUCGGACGAGGAGCCGGGCCGCUCGUCACGCAGCAACGGCCCCUCGCUCCCCGCAAGCGGCUGCCGGACGCUGCCCCACAAAAGGGCCCUGGGCGAGCAGCUGCGGCGGACUCAGUCCCACAGCUCCCUGCUCAGCCCCGGGGGGGACGCGUCCGAGCAGCCCGGCCCUCCCGCCACUCAGCCCGUGGGCGCCCCCCAGGCCCUGCCUGGAGCGGGCGCCCCAAGGAGCACCAGCAUGAUGAACCUCGCUGGCCACAGGCUGCCCAGCCCUCAGGGGGACGGCGGCGGCGGCAGUGUCUCCGGCUUGCGGCCCACCCAGAAGCCCCCCUCGUUGGAGGCGGACCCCUCCCAGCCUUCUCCGCCGGGCGGCGGCGGGGACAUCGACACGAUGCCGCUGUCCUCGGUGGACUCGCUGAUCAGCAAGUUCGACGGGAAGGCCCAGCAGCGGGGCCGGGCCACCAGGAGGAGCCGGAUCUCCGCGGCGGAGCGGAAGCGCUCACAGAGCCUCGACGGGAGGGUGGCUUUCCGCGACACGGCCGAGUGCCGGGAGCCGGGGGCCGGCGAGCGCCCCGGGAGCUUCCGAGAGGAGGCGAGGACCCCGGCCACGGUCCAGCUCGGUUCGGCCGGCCCCGCGGGAGGCAGAAGCCUCAGCCGAGCUGCUGAGCGGCACGCGAAGGAGUCCGACCUAGACAAGUCGAAGCUGACCCGCGACUGGGUCGCCAAGAGCCAGGAAGAGCCGGCGACGGAGAAGCAGCCGAGGAAAGUUCAGUCGGAUCUGCAGCUUAAGUCUACUCCUGACCUUUUGAAGGACCAACAGGAGAUGUCCCAGCCAGGGAGCAGUGACUAUACCAAAGAGCUGAUCUACAGUAUCUUGAAGGAUGGAAGCCCAGAAAACGACAUCGCAGUGAAGAGAAAAACCAACUUGGUCUUUGAGAAAAUCCAAGCGCUUGCGGCUGCACCUUCAUCGGAGUCGAGAGCGUUCCUCCCUCAGGAGAGCGCGCUGCAGAGGAAGGUUGACGAAUUGCAGAAGAAACUGGACGAGAAGACUAAGCUCUGUGAGAAUUUGGGGUUGUCGCAGGACAGCCGCAGAAACGGCGCUCCUCGCGGCCUGGAGAUCCGACUGGAGGAGUCCGAGGAGGAGUGCCGCCGUCUCCGGGAAGCCUUUGCCAAGAAGAGUCAGGAGCACCAGAGCGGGCUGCAAGAGCUGAGGGAUGUGAAAAUGGACAAGGAACAGAUGGAAGCCAAGAUGGCGGACUUGGAAGACCAGUUGAUGGAGAUGCAAGAGGCACUUGACCGGUUCCGGGAGCCCCCAGGGGGGGCUGUGGACAGGGAAGCCAUGCUGAAAGAGCUGAUGGAAGCCCGGGAGGAGCUGGAGGAGGUCCUGAGGGCCAAGCAGAAGCAGGAAGAGCAGCUGCGUCAGCGGGAGCGGGAGCUGACCGCGCUGAAAGGCGCCCUGAAGGAAGAGGUGGCCAGCCACGACCAGGAGCUGGACCGGGUCCGGCAGCAGUACCAGCAGGACAUGGAGCAGCUGCGGCGCAACAUGGAAGACGUCUCACAGGAUCAGGCGAGCUUGGAGGCCGAGAGGCAGAAGAUCAACUCCGUGGUGCGGAACCUGCAGAGGGAGCUGCAGGAGAGCAACGAGGAGGUGGCCCACUGGAAGGAGCUGUUCCAGAAGAACAAGGAGGAGCUGCGCGGCACCAAGCAGGAGCUGAUGCAGGUGAAGAUGGAGCGCGAAGACCUCGAGGAGGAGCUGAGGGAGGCGCGCGAGCGCGUCACCGCCCUGCGGCAGGAGGCGGACCAGGCCCGGAGCAGCGCCGGGAGUGCCGGAGAGGCCGCCUCCCUCAGGAAGGAGCUGCGUGAGUCCCGGGAGCAGCUGAGGGACUUAACCCUGGAGAAGCAGGCCCAGGACGAGGUGCUGCGGCAGCGGGAGAGGGAGCUGCUUAGCCUGAAGGAGGCGCUUGAGGACGAGGUGGCCAGCCGGGACCAGGAGGCCGAGGAGCUGAAGCAGCAGUUCCAGCAAAACAUGCAGCGCCUCCAGAAGGAGUGCGAGGAGGUGUUCAAGGUGAAAGCUGCCUUGGAGGGAGAGAAAGAGGCAACCGAACAAACGAAGAAGGCCGUUGAGUCCACGCUGCGGGAGACACAGGAGGAAAACGACGAUCUCCGGCGGAAGAUCCUGGGCCUGGAGUCGCAGCUGAAGGAGUUCCGGCACUUUGCGGACAACUGGCAGGAGGUGGAGACCAGACUGAAAGAAAAGAUUGCCAAGCUAGAGGCGGACCGCAAGCAGAUGGAAGACUCCCUGGGGAACGCCACGGACCAGGAGCAGGAGCUGCUGCUGGCCAAGCGGUCGCUGGAGAGCCGCCUGGAGGAAGCCCAGCGGAGCCUCAGCCGGCUCUCGCGGGAGCACCAGGACCUGAGCGCCUCGUACCAUGAGGAGCUGAAGCAAAAAGAACAGCUCAAGCGAGCCAAGAGCGAGCUGGAAGAGCAGAAGCAGCUGCUGGACAAGAGCAUCGGGAAGCUAACGAAAGAGCUCGAUAAGAUGUCCGCAGAGUCCCACAACGCGCUGUCUGAACUGCAGUCACAGCUGGAAGAGUACAAGGAGAAAUCCCGCAGGGAGAUCACCGACUCUCAGAAGCAGGCGAAAGACCGGAAUGCCGAAGUGGAGAAGAUGCAGUAUAAUCUGGGAAGGUUGCAGGACGAGGUAACUCGGCUCAAGCAGGCCCUGCAAGAUACCCAGGCGGAGCGGGAGAACGCCAUCUUUGACAAGGAGCUGCUGGCCCAGCGCCUGAACAACCUGCAGCAGGAGAUGGAGUCCAAGAGGCGGUCCCAGGAAGAUCGGUCCCGCCAGGCCAAGUCGCUGGAGGACAAAGCGAAGCGGCUGGAAGUGGAGCUUGAGGAGGAGAAGAACACGGUGGAGCUGCUCACCGAGCGAAUCAACCGCACUCGAGACCAGAUCGACCAGCUGCGAGCCGAGCUGCUGCAGGAGCGUUCCAUCCGCCAGGACCUGGAGUGUGAUAAGGUCUCUCUGGAAAGGCAGAACAAAGACCUCAAAAGUCGCCUCACGAGCAGCGAGGGCCUCCAGAAGCCCAGCGCCAACGUUUCGCAGCUGGAGUCGCACAUCCAAGACCUUCAGGACAAGCUCCAGGCUGAAGAGAGAGAGAAAAGCAUUCUGGUGUCGUCGAACCGCAAGCUGGAGCGAAAGGUGAAGGAGCUGACAAUCCAGAUCGAUGACGAAAGGCAGCACGUGAAUGACCAGAAGGACCAACUGAGCUUGCGGGUCAAAGCGCUGAAGAGGCAGGUGGACACGGCAGAGGAAGAGAUCGAGCGGCUGGAGGCUGCCCGGAAGAAGGCCCUGCGGGAGCUGGAGGAGCAGCACGAGACGAACGAGCAGCUGCAGGGCCGCAUCAAGGCCCUGGAGAAGGACCUCUGGCGCAAAACAACCCGCACCACAGCCGAGUCGUCUCUGAACGAUGACCACUUGAGCUCAGACGAAGAAUUUGACAGUGCCUACGGCCCGUCCUCCAUCACGUCGCUUCUGACGGAAGGGAACCUCCAGGCAAGCUCCUGCUAGCCACAUCGCGCUGCACCGGGCAGCGGGAGGGAGAAGGCCACCACUCUUCACGGACUCCUCCAGCGCUCUCAAAAUGACACCUUUAAACCCAGCAGAAAGAACAAUGGCAUCUGGGGGAAUUUCUAGCAAGCAGCCGCAAGACGGAUGCUGCCGUGGCCAUCCCGGCUUUGUGCAUCUGUAGAUAAAACAGGCCUCUUUCACAGUGGGAAGGAAAACGUUUAUUUUUGCGUACUAAGCAGCAGUCGGAGCAGAAAUGGGAAGAGGGAGAGUGUAAAAUAGAAAUUAAAUUAUAUUUAAGCCCCGGCACCCUUUAUGCACCACCAUGUGCAUUUGUAUCUUGAUCCAGUUCUCAGGGCAUUGGUGAAUGAUUGAGAAAUAGAAUCUUUUCUGUUUAUUUUGUAAAACCAAAUUUUAUUUUUUUUUCUUUGUGUAUAUAUAUCUAUGUAUAUAUAUGGGGCCUAUAUAUGUAUGCCAAUUUGCAUGUGUACUGAAAUUUAUGUGCAAUAGCCUUGCUGAAUGAUCUAGGGAGAGGGGCCGACUUGUUUUGGGAGGACAGCCGGAUCCCUGGAUCCGGUUUGUCCGCGUUGUAAGUGUUGAGGAGACGGUUCAGGAGGCUGCCUUAAGUCGCAUCUUUGUCCGUGCUGACAGAUCCUUGGUUUGUUGAGACGUAGGUGCUCCGGGUGCAAGAGACCGAACGUGACCAUCUUCUCUGGCGGCAUUUCUUUUGGUGACUCGGCUCAUAUUUCUCUCCAGGGCUCUCGAAACAGAUGCCUGCUUCUCUCCUGCAAACCUCCUGCCCUACCUAGGCUUCCUAAUCAGAGGCACUCUGUAUCCCCAGUGAAGGUGUUUUCUAACCGUGGAGCAAAGUUGGCUUUUUUUUUUUUUUUUUUUGAAAACGAGCUUCUUGAGAUACCGUUUCAGGUGCUGCAUUGGCAGCUUGGCAGCGUUCCAGUUGCCCUCAGUUCCGAGGAAGUCAAAACCUCUUGCGUCAAAGUGAAAAGUUUAACUGGCUUUCCCCUCCUGUCUUUUGUGCAAAAGUUAAACAAGCCAGCCUUGGGACCAGAUGACCAGUGUUAAGAGGAAAUUCUCUUUUAGUCGGCUCGCUUUUCUUCAUCUCGUGCUUGGGACCGUUUCGUCCUGUGUUGCGAGGUCAUCUCAACUCUCCCAAACCAGCUAGCUGCCCCUGAAGCCAUCUCGUUCCUCCAAAGGUCUUUUAAAAAGUGUUCCGUGCUCUUUCUGUCUGUUGCCAGGGCUCUGUCAGUGGAGAAGUGUCCUUGCCUUCCUUGCGCACCCCACAAGAGCCUUCCACCAACCUGGUGUUUCCAGAGCACGUUAAACAGCAGUUCCCAUCGCCCGAGACCACUGGACACGCUUGUGGACCAGUGGGGGUUGUUUUCAAAGCAGCGGAAAGGUGGCCAGCUGAGGAGGGCCGCCCUCCCGUAUGAAGGGAAAUGUUUUACCCAAACUGGUGGAGACAGGCACUGUGUUGCUGAACAGGUUUGUUCUCAUCCUCCUGAGGGACGCACGCCACCUCAGCGGCUCAGGUUACCGUGUACGCUGCGGGUUUUCCGCCCUCGCUUCUGAUUCCUAAAGCAACAGCAGCGCAAGGCCCCAGGUGAGGUCAUAGGUGCAUUCUUGGGGAACACGUGGUCCCAGAGCUGUCCUCUUCAGAACUUUUCCUUGUCCACAGCAUUUCCAGAGCCAGCCAGUUGCCACAGGUAAACAGCAUGUUCUGGACUGCGAGUGCAUUUCCCACUAAAAAACCCACGGAUGCCAGCGGGUUGCUUCCUGCCUUAAUGGUUUAAUGCACAGGUGCUCCCUCCCAUGCCUGGAGGGAAUGGAUGCACGUAGCCAAUGUGAUCCACACAAUUUGGGGCAGAGAGGACCCAAGGAGCUGCGCCUGAGCCAUUUCACGGAACCCUUCCCUGAUCGCUUUGGUAUCAUGUAUGAUGCAUUCGGAAAUUCCGUUUAGCGGAGACCUCCGGCAAGGUUCCUGCACUUUCCCUGCCAAAGGCAUCUCUCUGCUUCUUCUCUGUAUGAACAUUUUGCAGUGUUUCCAAACGUGCAUUUCUUGUUUGCUUUUCCAGUUGCUUCUCCAUCUUGCAGAGGUUCCGGAGAGUAACACAGACAAGGGUAGCGGCUUGUCCACAGUGGGUCCCAGGGUCUUCUCCUUGGCCAAGUCUGAGCUGUGGCGAACGCAGCCGUGCUCCCCAAGGGGACGCGGCAGAGCCAAGGGCUGGUCCCCUUCUUGUCCGCCGUGCCCACUCCGGCGGGGUCGCUUCGCUUUUCCAGGCCUUGCACCACGUGCCUUAGUGCUGACCUCUCUCAAGCGGAGAAGCGCUGGUUACUUCUCUGCUCAGGAGACAGACUGUGUGGGUCUCGCUCAGACUCCUACAAUCGUUAACCCCCACUCCUGGACACCCCCACACACGCGUGCAGAUUCACACGACGGGAAGAACUGUCUGUUUUGUGUCAGAGCUUGUACUUAGCUGGGUGGCUUUUGGGUCGAGGAAGACACUUCUUGAACAAACUGUGGGAAGGGUCACUAUAGUGACAAUUCUGGAGUGAGAGAACUAUUUUCUGCAUUAAAUCCGAUGCUCCCCAAAGUUUAAACCUGGUUUCAAAUUCAGUCCAGCACGGGUUGGAGACCAGGGUGGUCUAUCUCAUUCAAACUAUUAAUGGUUAUAGCUUGGAGGUGGUUCUCUGUUUCCAUCACAGCCUGAAGGAGGAAGUCAGCCAAGUGUACCAACUUUAGGAGAAGUCUAAUCUAGCUUUUCCUCCUUCUGGGUUUGGGGGCUGCAAAGAACUCACUGGGUUGUUGUGUCAUCGACACGCCCGCUGUCUUGAGUGUGGCACAUUUUUCGCCGACAAAGUCCCUUAUAGAAUGUUUCAGGCACUUCCUCCCUGGAAAUGGUUUUGACGUCGGAAGUUGCUAUGUGUUUGGAAUUCAGUGGGAUUUGUCGGCUCACAAAAACUAGCACCCAACGGACACCAGUAUCAGUGCUCUGGGCCAAACUAGGAAGCUUAGAGAGUUCUUGGUGAGACAGACACUCUAUGUGGCCUCCACUUGGCAAUGCAAAAUGACCAUGUUUGUGACGCUUACAACUUACUCCCCUUAAUUAUCUGGUAUGUGACAAAACCUGAAAUUAAGUGUGCUGGGGAAACAGGUAGGAAACAACCUACAUCUCGGACUUGGCCAUGGGAUUUUUGAUUAUUUGGCUGUUUCAGUCACUGGGUUCCCUGAUCCAAGGGUGGACUUGCGAUCGGUUUCCAUGUGUGUCCUUUGAAAGUUGCUUUGACUAAAAAUGAUUCAGACUAGCACUGGAUCAUCUGGAGGGGUCCAGAGGCUGCUGGCCACCAUAUUCAGAUUGAAAUACCUUUGUGUCAGAAAGAGAGUACCCACAAAGCUUUUGGUGUCUCCGGAGUUCUCAUUUUAGGCAACCAAACUGCACACUGAUGAUGUCACAACCGCAAAACAAGACCCUUGCGUUCGGCUGUCGAUUCCGGGUAUGCAAAUGUCCAAAUUGGGCCAUUCAGAUCACUUUUAGAUAGUGGUUUUGUAAUUGUAAGCACCAUUACGUCUGUCAGGGCAAGGUGCAUUGCUGUUUACCAGAGCUCAUAAUUGAAAAUAAAUGAAAUUUAUAUGUGGCAGGCCUACCAGCCCUAUCGAGUUAACUGCGAGCAAAAUAAAGGGUAGGAUUCUGACAUUCAGACCUUUGGAGCUAUUCUUCAUUUUAUUAUUUUAUUUUUUACAGUAAUGCAAUAAUUUAGACAUGUAUACUGGUGAGGGAGGGAAACUGAUCAAAGUGGAAUGUUUAACCACGAUUGUGAGCAUAUCCUGUGUUUGUACAGUUUAAAAUGGCUGCUAAUAGGAUCUGAGUCGGUUUCUAUUGUUUGUAACUUUUGAUUUCCCUCCAGAUUUAUUUUCAGUCAUUAAGGGGGGAAACCCUUGAUUGUUGAUUUUUAAAAUAAAGGUCCUAUAUUCA